AUGUUUACGUUUGCCAUUACUCGCUGUCAUUGUUACCUCGUACUUCUUUCAGUCUUGAUCGCGCAAGUCAACUGCUUGAGUAGGCAACCCCUUAGCUAUGCGAAAACACCGGACAGCGUCUACGUCCCUCCCAAAAACAAUGUCACGACAUUGUUAGAUAUCAUAAAAUCACGAGAUGACUUGAGUGAGCUCGCUAAAAGCCUAGAGGGACCAGCAGGCUUCGUGACGGCGUUUGAUACACCAGCAACAUGGAAUUACACUUUCUUUGCGCCGAGUAACACUGCUUUCAACAACACUGGAGCGUAUUAUUCGACUUUCAAAGCCACUCCUAAGGGGAAAUGGUGGCUCGGAAAUUUGCUGACCCAUCACUAUGUUCCGAAUUCGAUCUUGCGCAAGGAGGAUUUCAAUGAAACGCUGUCGCGAUUGCAGACAGCGACGUUCUUGUACGUGAGCGCGCAACAACAUGACGGAAUUGUCACCCUCAACAAAGUGGCCAAAGUCACAGAAUCUGAUAUCUUGGUGGGUGCGAAUGGUAUUGUCCAUAUCAUCGACCAUGUACUGGAUCCGUCUGCUCAGAUAUUCGCGCCUGAGCUGCCCAAGAGCCCUACCACCGAUCCCGCAAAUGUCGUGCAGGCGCUUGUUUACACGCUACUAGACGUCUUUGACGCCGCAAGAGAUCUUCAUCUCACGUUGAAGACCAAGGAGAAGCGCGAUUAUGAACACAGCUUGAGAUCGAAGGGGUAUCCCGAAUCAAGGAGGAUAGAAUACAUUGACGAGAAUGGCCUUAGCACCAAUGAUGACGGUAUCGUCCUGGAUAAGGCCGCGGUGACGCGCAAGUUCGAGGAUGGAUUUCACGAGAUUGGCGCUCACUUUGCCGUAGGAGAUGUCGUUUCACAGACAGGACUACAGUCGCAAAUCAUCACAUUGCAGUCCGUCCUGAUCAGCACUUUUCUGUAUGGACCGACUGGAUCAGAUUCGAUAUCGCAUCAGAUAUCCAGCCUGUUGGACGCCUCUCGUGCCGCAGGGAUGACAGCCGUCGAUAUUUUAGCCGCCCAACAUCAACGACAGCUUGCAAGCCGAGCACUCAGUGCACGACCUACGCCAGUUCCUACGUCACGGCAUGGACAGCUGCCGCCGCCUGCUCCAUACCCCGUGACGACCGUACCUUCUGGCAGUACAUCCUCAGCGCUUGUGAGAACGCGACAAGAGCCAGCAAUACCUACCAACCCCACGAUAGCGGAAUUAAAGAGUAGACCGCGUGCAACACGGACAGAUACUGAGUCGACUUCGUUCUCAGAGCCGAUCUCAGGCGGGGCCGAAACCUCGCCGAGCACCUCAUACUGUGACUACGCUCGGGAUCUACAGCGACAUUCAAACCAGGCACUCUCAUCGAGCAUCACAUCUACCUCCUCACCUUACUGUCCAUGCUGCAGACGCGACCUGCACCUUGCGCCCGGUAAGUCAUGGGAGGUCUACAAGGACGACGAAGGGCCCGAGCGAUGUUUUCGGGUGCAGAACCGCUUCAUCGUCAAGUGCCAUCGAGAUACCGCUGACGGAGGCUACUCGUGCGUGUUGUGCUCACGAGGAUCGAACAUGGAUACCAUCUGCGGUGACGUGAAGGCGCUUGUCCGGCACGUCUGGAUGGAUCACGACGUGACGGAGCUGCAGUCCGAGCCAGACAUUGUUGAAGUUGUCCAGAGGGUUGAUGACCGAAGGCGUGACAGUGGAGCUGCCUUCUCAGACAGCAAAUGGGGUGGAAGUAGACGGAGCGUCAGCCUUGGGCCGAACAGACGGCCAGAGCGGAGGUCAGGCCUCGAUCGAGAGACGGGAAGUCUUCGCAGAAGAUCUCCAAGGUGGGAUUGAUCGAUGGUGAUUUCUUUUUUUUCUAUUAUGAAGCGGCAUCGUCGGCCGCUUGAAUGAACAUCGUCGGCCGCUCCAAUGAACGAGCGAUGGAUGGGAUAUGCACUUGUGACACCUACUUCUUGAUACGUGCUAUGGCUUCGGCUGAGUUGUACGACGUACAGAGUGCGCCGUACUGUUGUAUGAUUACCACUAUACGAUCAUGAUUCAUUCUUCUCAAGAUCCGUGCCGUUGUGUGGUCACUAGCAGUAUAACGAUCGUGAUUUGUUUUUCUCGAGAUUCUUUCCGGUUGUGGACCAGAAUUCGGCGGAGCGCAAACCCACCGAAUGAACGACGAC